AUGGAGACUUCGUGGAGAGACGCAUACUAUGAAAUAGACCAUCUUCCUCCUCUGCUCGAAGAUGAGGAAAAUGUGUCUCUGGCAGACCUCCUGACUUUGCGAGACAGCUGUCUGUGUGAGGAGGACGUGUGGGCAGUGUGCGCAGAGUGCCUUGUGGCCCUGCAGAGCAUUCGAGCCUCCCACCUCUUCCACACCUUGUGCAUCACCCCAGACACGCUUGCCUUCAAUGCGCACGGGAAUGUUUGCUUCAUGGAGCAGCUCAGCGAUGAUCCUGAGGGCCUUUUUGUGCCUCCUGAAUUUGACAAUACAGGCAGCACGUUUGAGGGCCAUGUUUUUUCUCUGGGCUCAACCCUGUCCGCUGCACUGAAUUUUGUGAUCGAACCAGAACUGGAGGCUGAGCUCGGUGAAGAAACUCAAAAGCUGUUGGGGAAAAUGCAGGAAAAGAAACCAGAGGAUCGACCGCUCAUACAGGACAUCCUCUUUCAGGCUCAAGCAAGAUUGCGCAACACCUCGUCGGCAGCCGUGUGCCGUAGAUUGUCUUCUGUCGGACGACGUGUGCUCUCCGUUGAAUCGAUAUCAAAUUUCCAAGAUGGACAAGAGAGCUCUGAGGCAAUUUGGCAACAUGCAAAAUCCCCCAAAAAGACUUCCUUUGACAAAGACAUCUAUGGGAACACUACUAAGAAGACAAAGGGUCUAUCCAGACAACAGGUGUGUUUGGGUUGGGACUCGUCCCUCUGGGCUGAAGAUGCAGACAAUGCAGACCGAUGGCGCAGGGGCUUAGCAGAUGAGCUGGACUGCUCCACAGUCACCGUGAGAGCCCAGCAAAGAUUCAACAGAAUGAAGGGGGCGCUCAAUCGCUCCUGCUCUGUCCCGGACUCCAACAACCCGCCUUUUCCCACCCCAGCACAUGGAAACAUUAGCGUACCUGUAUCGGACCUAACUGAGAUCGGCGCCAAUGAGCAUUUGUCUUCCAAGUGCGUUUGGGACAAGAGAUCCAAAAGACUGGCUCGGGGAAGGUCCUGCGAGUCGUAUUCGCGGAGUGGCGCAGAGGAUUGUCUGAGCUCGCUUGUGGAUGGUCCACCAUCAAGAAGAAAAAAUGAAGACGCUGUCAAGUCUUCAUGUCAUUUUCAAGACUGUCAUGAAGAUACGUUUGAGGAAGGGAGUCCGAAUUUAGCCUCAUCAGGCACGUCGACGGCCUUUUUAGAAUAUGACAACUCUGGUGCUCAAAUAUCAAAAGAGCACAAGCGCUACGUGAGCAAAAGCAUAUCUCGGGAUGAGUGGAGCCCACUAAGAGAGUUACUGUCUCAUUGUGGACUGGGCCUGACGGUGAAUGAGCUCUGGGCUCUCUGCUACACCUGCCUGUCGUCCCUGCAGACCUAUACUGACUUUCCAGCUUUCUUAUCCCUGGACACGGUGUACAUUAGCCGCCAGGGAGAGUUGCUUUUCUUGGCACCCAAAAGCUUUGGAACUGAGGACAGAUUUUAUCUUUCACCUGAAUGUCAAGAGCAUGGAAUUGUAACUGAGAAGGCUUGUGUUUACGGGGUCGCUGCUAUCUUGUGGAGCACGGCAAAGUUCAAUUUGUUACCCAGUCAGAAACUUGUAAUGCCUGGCAAACUGAAGCGACUUCUGCUUGAGAUGGCAAACAACACACCCGUGGAGAGACCUUCUAUUGCCGUGGCCAAACAGAGCUGUUGUGACUACUUAAGCCGUCAAGGGACGAAUGCGGAGACGGUGUGGAAGCAGCUCAUCACGAGGGUCCAUGCGACAGUCUCGAGAUCUGUCCAUGGAGAAGAUUUGGCUUUGGAUGGGUUUGAGUCGAGAUACUUUGCAUAUGAGCAGUGUGGACUCCAGCACUCGCAGACCUUCAGUUCCACAAGCACCCCCAUCGUACUGACCAAUGAAGGGGAAGACGGCCCAAAAAAUGGAAUUGACGAACAUGGACUCCGAUUCAGACGCCGGGCUAGUGAGAGGGACCGCUUGGCCGGGGCCAGCCGCCAAAGCCCGUCUGAAGCCCGUGAUACUUGCGAUGACCAGAUGAGUCGUGAUCGCUCAGACGAAUUGGAGGACAGCCGUUCUCAGCUUUCAGAGCAGCAGCUCAUCUCACUGGGAUCCAGAGCAGAUCUGUACUUCAGGCCGGCCUGGGACUUGGCUUUGUUUGAAGAAGACUGUUUUAGCUCCCAAGUGAUCCAGUAUGCCUCGAGUCUUGGCCAGGACAGAGGAUCGUCGUGCCUGGAUGCCAAAACACAGGAGCUGCAGCAGCAAUUGAUGAUUGAAACAAGUAAUCUUAAGAAAAUGAAAACAUUCUACCAGAAACUAAUUCAGCAAGACAGACAAAAAGGAAUCCUUUCCAAACACAAGGCCCAGCUUGAAGAACUGAGAUCGAAAGUCAUCUUCUUGGAUAAUGUCAAGAAAUAUCUUCAGACACAGCAUGUGGAUCAGCGGGGUUUAGAUGUGGCACUACUGCCAUCUUUGUCUGCUCGUGGCCUGAAGUCUUUGGCUGCCCGAAGCUCUGAGGACACUUCAUUCUUGAGCUUUGCAACCUGUCAAGGAAAAAGAAAUCUGCCAGCAGGGACUCCUCUCGGUCUCAUGGCAUACCUUGAUGCAAGAAAUGCUGCUUCCGAGGGCUUCAUCCAGCAGUUCCUGUACACGUAUCGCUUUUUCUGCACUUGUGAGCACUUACUGCAGUUUAUCAUGGAGACGUUCAUCAGUGCAGUGAGAGAAGGUCCGGACAGAUCCGAAAAAGAUGCUAACGUCUUGCAUCGCAGUUUGGACUUGUUGGGUGUAUGGAUUCUAGAUUGCAAAACGGUUGACUUCACGCCAAAGUCCAACAUUGUGGAGGUUUUAGAAAACUUCCUUCGGACUGUGGUAAUCCCCGUAGAUAGUCGAGGGCGUGUCCUUCUCGCUGCUCUGCAAAAUCCUCCGAGGACAAUGUGGAGCACAAGGAGAGGGAGUCAAAUCCAUUGUGUGGCUGAGGAUCAGAUAUCAAGAGCGGUGAAAUCUUCAGCUUCCAUUGCAAAAGAGGACUUCUCCAUAGCUGCAGCUCUGCCUGUGCCUUGCUACAUCUCCCUGGUGGAUGAGCCUUCCAGCGGUGAUGAGAAACUCUUCUUUCGCCAGAAGAAUUACAGUGCGCAGCAAGUAGCUCAACAACUCACUCUCCUGCAGCAGGACGUUUUCCAAGGAUGUCAUCCAGUCCAUUUCCUCAAUUCCAGAAUACAAGGCAUCAGAGACAAGCCCUUAAGGGAAAACAACUCCUCGGGUACUGGCUCCAAACAAAUUCCACCAGUAGAGAGCAGCAGCCUCCAACAGCUGCUUGCUUACUCUGACACCGUUAUGAAAUGGAUUGCUGGUGAAAUAGUCAUUUGUGACUCAAUCAAGGAACAAGUUGCCUUGCUGACUAAGUACCUGUGGAUUGGGAAACAUUGCUAUGAAUCCCGCAAUUUUGCUACAGCCAUGCAGGUCCUUGAAAGUUUGGAGAACAUCAUUGUCAGGCAAUUACCAGCUUGGAAACAUCUGUCUUCCAAGAUGCAUGAGAUCUUGGAAGAGCUACGAGCCGUGCAGGUGUUUCUGAAGAGUGAUAACAUGUGUCUGAUAGCGGAAGGACAAAAGAGAAGCCCUACUCUUCCCUCGGCGCACAUCCUGGCCAUGCAUAUUCAACAGCUCAAAAUCGGAGCCUUCACGCUCACCACUGGCGCUUACAAGUGGACCAAGCUUCGGAGGAUAGCUAAGGUAGUGAGUCAGGUCCACGCCUUCCAGGAGCUGGUAUUCACCUACAGCCCGGACCGGGACACGCAGGCCUACCUUUGCCGACGCAUCACCGAGCUUGGCAACCGUGACGUCGGCCUCCGUCAGCCAGCAGUCCGCCGGGCGUUAAACGAGGAGGGUUCAGGAAAUCCUGACAAAGGUGAAGGCCUCCCUUCAGUGAGCCCUACCCCCACAAGGCCCCUGUCAGCAACCCAUAGCUGAACGGCUGCAAUGAAUUCUCUCUGUUACCAUGGCAGGCGACACAAUUGAGUUACACAAACAAACGUUCUAUCAUAUCAGGUAAGACAGCCAGAUAGACUUUUGUUAUAACCCACAAAAAAUUGUGAAAAGUGACUGUUGGCAAGCACACAUGCUGGCUGGUAAGAGCAUAUCGCUAAUAUGGAGCAUUUAAAAGAAAUCAUUUAUAUUCUUGACUUGUAUCAUUUCCAAACCUAGUGCAGACCUGUCUAAAAGUUUGAAGAAAUGCUGACUUGAUAUAUAUAUAUAUUUUUCUUUAAUGCCAGUCCUGUACAAAUUUUGAAUUUCAGAGUUGGCAAAAUAGCAAAUCAAUGCUAUUACUAAAGGCCUUGCUAUUUCAGAGCAUGACCAAAGUAAAUGACACUUUUGAGUUAUGAUAGCACGUUAAGUUUUAUUGGCUAUUUUCUCCAGCAGACGCACAGCUUCAGCGGUGAAGAUUGAAUGUGGCUUGUCAUGAGAAUAUGAUUAAGACAGAUUUGACAUUUAAAAAUGCAAUUUUGUCACUCUCUCGCCAAAUUGUGUUUUAGUCCAUUUGGACAUUGUAGCUUGCGCUAUUUUUAGGAUGUGGAACUUGCUCUUGCGUUGUGUGCUGUUUUACUUAUUUGCUGUCUUUUAAAUCAUACGAACCAAAACGACCUGUGAGAUGCAUUUUACGGACUUUUAUUUUCCAGAUAUUUCUGCUACAAGUUUCAUGGCUCAAAGUAUUUACUUUAACCAUUAAACAGAUGUACAGUAUUUUACAGCUGUCUUUUAAAUACUGAAGACAUUUUCAUUUUUAAUUGAUUUGAAUUGAAGAACUAAUUUGUGGAUUUUUGCUUCGUGGAUCUUGCUUCAGCAUA